AAGGCGAGGCUGGUGUCAAGGAUAUCUAAUCCCUAUAUGUUUGCCAGCACUGGAGCAGGAGUCAUUCGUGGCUAUGACGCAGUAGGAGCAACAACAGAGGCAGCUGGUUUGGAAAAACCAGAACGAAUUCGCUCAUCAAACAUGCGAAAAUAUAUUGCAACAAUGACACAAUCAUUUGACAUAUCACCGCAACAAAUGGAGUGGGUGUGUGACCACCUUGGCCACUCAAUGGAUGUUCACAGAGCACAUUACAGAGCCACAUCAGACAUCAUAGAGCGAGUGCAUGUGGCAAAGAUACUAGUAAUUCAAGAUAUGGGCCUAGUUGGAAAGUACCAUGGUCGUGCUCUGCGAGAUAUUCCAUUAGAAGAACUGGUCAUCGGAGUUUCAGGAGAAACUGAGGUCACUGAGGCUGUGCACAUUCAACAGACUGAGAAUGACACAGAGUGUCUUGAUUUUGAAGAAUAUAUUCCAAAUCUGUCAGAGGAUGAAGGGGCUGAAGGGGCUGAAGAGUUUGUUGACUUUACUGAGCCAAAACCCAAAUCUGACUGCAAAAAAAGACUGGUAAACAGACAUCAUUGGACAGCAAGUGAAGAAGAGGAGUUGAAGAUAAUUUUUAAAAAAUAUUUCGAAUCUCGAUCAACUCCAGGGCAGGCAUCAAUAAUAAAAGGAAAAGAAAUAAGUGCAAAAAAAAACGGAUUGAUACAUAUGCUAAAAAGAGACAACAUCAAGAAAAAAAUUAACAACAUGUUAAAAAAACUCAUGUAAAAGUACUGGUGUUUACAUUAGACUAGCAAAUACCCGUGCUCCGCACGGAGUUGAAUGUUUGGCCAAAGUCAACUGUGGCAUAUUGUAAACCGGUAAAUAUUUGCGGCUGGUUUUUUUGCGGUUCUGGUAAAAUUUAAAUAGCCAGCUAAAAUAAAGACUGAUUUGUAGAUUGAUAUUAGAAGUUGGGUCGGUUAUGGGGGUGGUGCUACCUUAGUCGUUUAAAAGAUUUCCUUGUAGAUGACAUUUUGCGUGAGAGUCCUGUUGUUGAAAAGGCCUUGUGAUGAAUGUUUGUCCACUUUGAUGUAGAUGUUGGAGUAGCCGCUGGCACGUGAAAAGGCAACAUAUAGCU